CCUGUCACUAUAAUCGCGUGCUACAUCUCCCCUGCCUUUCUCCAUCCCACUCUCACUCUCUAUAGAAAAAUUGAGUGAGAGAGAGGGAGAACAGAGUUGGGAUUUGUUCCCAGUUCGUUUUCUCUUCGCCGGAUCCAUCUCCCGGCGAGCAAAGCGAUACCAGAAGUUAAAAUGGGUAAGCCGUGCGGGCGCGAUUGGAUGCAGAUCUACUCGAUCUACGGCACCGAUGAAUGGCAGACAGUAGCGUUCCUCAUCUUCCACUCCGUACUCUUCGGCCUUCUCUCCUUCCUACUCCUCAUCUACUUCACUCCAUUUCUCAUCGCACUCCACUCCCUCCUUCCUUCCCUCCCCCUCCCUCUCCUCCGCUUUGCCGCCGGUUUCUCAGGCUGCUUUCUCGCCCUCUCCUCCCUCUGCCUCCUCUUCGCGGCCGCCAACAUCCUUUACUCCUCCCUGCCUCUCCGCUGGCUCAUGGCCCAACGCAUGCUCGCUGCCGUCCCCAACUGGUUCGCCGUCCGAACAGUCCUGGAUCUCGGCUGCGGCCGCGGCAUCCUCCUAAACGCCGUCGCUCUGCAACUCAAGAAGGAAGGAAGCUCUGGCCGCGUCGUCGGUCUAGAUCGCAAUCGAGACACUGCGGUUUCCGCCCUCCGCCGCGCUGGCUCGGAGGGCGUUCAAGAAUACGUGACUUGCAGAGAGGGAGAUGCGCAUCGCCUUCCUUUUCCCGAUGGGUAUUUUGAUGUCGUGGUCUCCGCCGUGUACCUCGGACGACAGGGUGAGUCGGCGGUGGAGAGAGGGAGGGGAAUCGGGGAGGUGGUUAGGGUUUUGAAGCCCGGAGGAAUGGGUGUGUUAUGGGAUUUGUCUCGCGUGCCAGAAUUCGUACAGAGGCUGAAGGAGAUGAGGAUGGAGGAUGUUUGGGUUUCGGAGAGGGUAACUGCUUAUAUGGCGAGCAGCCAUAUCGUGUCAUUUCGGAAGCCAAUUGCAGUCUCCAUGGAAGAUUGGAGGGCUAACAUCUGCUAAAGCAAUUAUGGCCGUGAGUGGUAUGUAACUAUUUGUUACUGUCGUUCUACUUUUUUCGGCAUUAAUUUCUUGUCUGAUUAAUCCUAUAGUCUGUUCCCCUGCUAUCCAGAAGUGUGAAUUACUUGUAUGAGGGUGAUAGUGGGUUAGGUCUAUAUAGAACAGAAAUCAAAGGCCCUCUCGAAGAGAGGUGGCUCUUAAAUUAACUCAUUAUUUAUAGUUUUUUUGAGAUUCAUUAAGAAAUUAU